CAGCCAUAGGAUGAGCGCCUUAAUUUGGAUCCCUAAAUAUAAGAAAAAGUGAGAAUUCUUGAUCUUUCUCAGUAUCUCUCUAAAUUCGAAAAUUCAGGAGGCGGGCGCGCCAUCUGAUCUAAACUAGUCGGACGAGAAUCUUGAAGCCGAGCUACGCAGUGACAUCUCUUGCUGGGCCUUUGAUAAGAUUGUUUCUUUCUCUCUGUGAAACUCUCGGGUAGGGUUAGGGUUACGAUUUUCAUUCACUUUCUCGCUCUGUCUCAUUAGCCUGUUCGGGCUGCGGGAGAUCUCCGAGGCGGCGAGCUCCUAGUGUUUUUGCAAUGGGAGUUCCGGCUUUCUACAGAUGGUUGGCGGAGAAGUACCCGUUGGUGGUGAUGGAUGUGAUCGAAGAAGAACCGGUUGUGAUCGACGGCGUUAAAAUUCCGGUCGAUACCAGUAAGCCAAACCCUAACAAUAUGGAAUUCGACAAUCUCUACCUCGACAUGAACGGGAUUAUUCACCCUUGCUUUCACCCCGAAGAUAGGCCUUCUCCAACAACUUAUGCGGAGGUAUUUCAGUGUAUGUUUGACUACAUUGAUAGGCUUUUUGUGAUGGUACGGCCUCGAAAGCUGCUAUACAUGGCUAUCGAUGGAGUUGCCCCAAGGGCUAAAAUGAAUCAACAGCGGUCUAGGCGUUUUAGAGCAGCUAAAGAUGCAGCAGAUGCGGCAGCUGAAGAAGAACGGCUAAGGGUAGAGUUUGAGAGAGAGGGCAGAAAGCUUCCUCCUAAACAGGAUACACAAGUUUGUGAUUCAAAUGUUAUUACACCUGGAACUGAAUUUAUGGCUGUUCUAUCAGUUGCACUGCAGUACUAUAUUCAUCUCAGAUUGAACAAUGACCCUGGUUGGGAAAAAACAAAGGUCAUUCUUUCUGAUGCCAAUGUUCCUGGUGAAGGGGAACACAAGAUUAUGUCUUAUAUCCGCCUUCAAAGAAACCUUCCUGGUUAUGACCCAAAUACACGCCAUUGCCUGUAUGGUUUGGAUGCCGAUUUGAUAAUGUUGGGUUUGGCCACCCAUGAAAUUCAUUUUUCAAUCCUUCGAGAGAUUGUAUUUACUCCUGGGCAACAAGACAAAUGCUUCGUGUGUGGUCAGAUGGGUCAUUUAGCAGCAAAUUGUGAAGGAAAGGCAAAAAGAAAGGCGGGAGAGUUUGAUGAGAAAGGUGAUGGCGAUGUUGUGGCAAAAAAACCCUACCAGUUUCUCAAUAUUUGGACGCUUAGAGAGUAUUUGGAGCAUGAGAUGACAAUUCCUAACCCUCCAUUCAAGAUUGAUUUGGAACGCAUUGUGGAUGACUUUAUCUUCAUGUGUUUCUUUGUUGGCAAUGAUUUCUUACCACAUAUGCCAACUCUGGAGAUUCGUGAGGGUGCUAUUAACUUGCUGAUUGCAAUAUACAAGAAGGAAUUUAGGGCAUUGGGAGGGUAUUUGACCAAUGCAAGCAAGCCAAAUCUGAGCAGGGUGGAGCAUUUUAUUCAGGCUGUUGGAUCUUUUGAAGAUAAGAUAUUCCAGAAAAGAGCUCGAUUGCAUCAGCGGCAGGCUGAAAGAAUAAAGCGUGAUAAGGCACAAGCCAGGAGAGGAGAUGAUGUAGAGCCUCAAGUUCAACCUGAGUCUCUGGUUCCAGUUGCUCGAUAUCAUGGUUCUCGUCUUGCUUCUGGUCCUUCGCCUACACCCUAUCAACAAUCAGGAUCUAGUCACAGUUCAGAGAGGUCAACGUUUGCUAGAAAAGAUUACCAACAUGAGCAAGCUUCAGCACGGUUGUCGGGGGUUGAAAUAAAAAGCAAACAGUCAGGGGCUUCUCCUCGGCCCCAAAAAGUUGCACGUUUGUCUUCAGUGGCUACUAUUGGAGCUGCUAUUGUUGAAGCUGAAAAUAGCCUUGAAAUAGAUGAAAGUGAAAACAAAGAAGAAUUAAAAUCGAAGCUUAAGGAGGUACUUCGUGAGAAAUCUGAUGUUUAUAACUCUCAAAAUCCGGAAGAAGACAAGGUUAGAUUGGGAGAACCGGGGUGGAAAGAAAGAUAUUAUGAGGGAAAGUUUUCUGCAAAAACUCCAGAGGAGCUUGACGCAAUACGAAGAGAUGUUGUCUUGAAGUACACAGAAGGUCUAUGUUGGGUUAUGGAGUAUUAUUAUGAAGGGGUAUGUUCUUGGCAGUGGUUUUAUCCUUAUCAUUAUGCACCAUUUGCUUCUGAUCUCAAGGAUCUUGGACAACUGAACAUAAGCUUUGAGCUUGGCACUCCCUUCAAACCGUUCAAUCAGCUUUUGGGAGUAUUCCCUGCUGCAAGUUCCCAUGCGCUUCCUGAGCAUUACAGGAAAUUGAUGACUGAUCCAAAUUCGCCGAUUAUUGACUUUUACCCGACUGAUUUUGAAGUGGAUAUGAAUGGCAAACGAUUUGCUUGGCAGGGUGUUGCAAAGUUGCCUUUUAUUGAUGAAGCCCGCCUUCUUUCAGAAGUUAAGAAAAUUGAACAUACAUUGAUGGAGGAGGAGGUACGGCGAAAUAGCGUGAUGUUCGACAUGCUUUUUGUGAAAUUGUGUCAUCCGCUCUCUGUAUGCAUUAGUAUUCUUGACGAAAAGUGUAAACGGUUAACAGACAAAGAACGAGUCGAGGUCAAGGAGAGAAUCGAGCCGGAAAAAAGGGCUAAAUGCAGUGAUGGAAUGAAUGGUUAUUUAUCCCCAUGUGCUGGAGAUCCUCGCCCACCGAUUUUCAGGUCUCCUGUAGCAGGGAUGGAAGAUAUUAUUGACAACCAAGUCACAUGUGUUAUAUACAGACUCCCAGAUGCGCAUGAGCACAUCACUCGACCGCCUGCAGGGGUUACAUUGCCAAAGAAGACUGUGAAUUUGGGGGAUCUACAACCUGAACCUGUUUUGUGGCAUGAAGAUUCUGGAAGGAAGCCAUGGGAAAAUGGAAGGAAGCCAUGGGAGAAUGGAAGGAAGCCAUGGGAGAAUGGAAGGCAUAACUCCUCAGGAGCCAUUUCUGGCCGACAGCUUGGGGACGCAGCUCAUCGACUUGUUGUUAAUAGCUUACAAGUGAAGGCAGCAGAUGCUAAUGGGUACAGCAAUCAAAUGCAUGCCCCACCACCAUCUUACCCUGUGCCUCCCUACCGCCCACCGCUGGCUUCCUACCAAAAUGAUAGAGGUCAUGAUCAGGUGUAUAAUAGAGUACCGCAACCAAGAACAUUUCAACCUCCUCGAGGUCACCAUCAAUCUUCAAAUUCCCCCACUGCUCUAGUUUACCAGGAGGAUGGGUAUAAUCCACCAUAUGUUUCAUCCGCAGCCCACCAUUCCAGCAAUAGGUCUUAUCCUCAAAAUUAUGACCGAAAUAAUAGACCCGUUACCCACGGUAAAGGAGAGUAUUCCAGGAAUGUAAACUAUCCAUCAGCAGGACUUCAUCAGAAUGGCAGACCCAUGUAUGAUAGCAGACAGAUGGUACAACCUCCAAAUGUGGUUCGGGCUCAAUCUUACCAUGGUGGUUACAACAACCCUUAUCAAAACUACCGACCACCUGGAGCUUCUACUCAUCAGCAGCGGGGUAAUUGGGCUCCAGUGGCAAACCAGAGCAUUCCCGGCGGGUAUGUUCGCCCUCAACAACCAGGCAACCAAUAUUCUGCAUUAGAUAGAAGGGCAAAUAAGGGGCCACACCCACCGCCACCCGGGUAUGGGCGUAAGUAGGAACACUUGCUACAAUGAAUAUGUACAAUAGUCAGUUUUUCAUUUGCUGAGAGUUGUAACAUUAUAUUUUUUAGGCUUCAUCCGUGGUUCCAUUGUUUUAUUGUAUUCUCAUUUUAGAUGGAAAGGAUAAAAAAAAGAAAGAAAAGAAAAGAUCUCCGUGAUACUUUUGUUGUAGAACAAUUUGACCGUUGUGGUGAGUGCAUUGUCUGCACCAGUGGCUAAUGUAACAAGUUCUUUUCCACUUUUUUA